CUCCCUUAGUGGCUCACGGCCAUUAUCUCAUUGGUAGAAGAAGAAGAAGAAGAAGACCUAUUUGGACUGUGGCCGCAAUAAACCAGCCGGCGCUAUCCCGACAAAGCUGUAGAACAUAGAGCUAUGAUACGUUUGUCUAAUACCAUCCGGUUCCUCUGCUUCCUAUCCUCAUGCACCGCGAGGCAGUUUCCAGAUUUCAGAUCAGCAGAAGACACUGAUACGUAUCAGGACCAAACUGAUUUCUCAAAUUACCCGGCAACAAUACCUGAAUACCCAUCCCUCAGCGGAAGUAAACUGCACGUUAACCCUGAUAUCGAAAAAUUUGGGUACGGAAUCUCGUGCAAGAGCGACGAGGAAUGUGCGUCCGGCUUAGGGUUGGCAUGCGUUGCGAGAAGGACAGCACUUCACUCCAGGUGCGACUGUGCCCGUGGAACACCGAUUUUCAUAAGGGACACCGACGGAGUCGCAAAAUGUGUCCGAGGAAAGCGCUUGUACGAAUCCUGUGCAAGUGACUUGGAAUGCGCUCAUCACGACAAGAACAUGAAAUGCGUCGACUUCCUAUGCUACUGCCCUCAGCCUUACGUGCUUACUGAUAACCAGAAGUGCCUUCCCCGUAAAUCAUCGCAGGCAAGCGCUCUCCUCAGCACACUGCCGACAUUGGCACUUCUUCUGACAUUACUCGUCAUAGGAACAGCUUACUCAUACAGACGGCUAUCACGUGCAACGAAGGAGAAGCAAUCCUGUGCCGGGCCUACGGACACUAUGGAUACCUCAACGGACCUCGAUUGGCGUCCAAAUACUGGCUCAUCCGUAUCUUCCACCCUACACCGCCCUCGCACGCCUUCUGCCUUUCAGAGCAGCGUUGACCCCCGACAGCGUUAUUACCAUAAGUACGGGGAACAUGCCUCUUGGGGUUAUGCCAGAGUUCCUAAGCAUCCGCCACGCUACAUACGGUGUUCUAAAGGCAACCAAGUUAACAAGGAAGCAAGUAAUACCUUUCUCUCUGAUGACUGCUCAACGUUGCUCGAGAAGAAGACGUGUAUUGCCCCUAUUCAUCGAGGGCCGACUACACCCCUUGCGCGUUCAGUCGACGACGCCUCCACCAGGUCGUCACCAAGAUCCAAACAGCGACGUACCAGUCACAGAAAGAUAAACAGAGGAAGAACCCCCAACCAGGAUGAUUCCGCAGCAUCGAAGCUGCCAUCCACGAGGCAUAUCCCAUAUCCCAAAGAACUAGUGGACCUCCUCGUUGCACGAGAUGUGGUGGUUAACGUGGAACCCAUAAAGCCGGUUAUAACAGCUGAGCAAACUGCAUUUAUGUCACAAGAGGCUGAACUGGAAGACUCGUGUGUAAACCGCGAGCGUGAAAUCAUACAAUCUUCAACGAAAGAUCCUAGCGUCUUCUCGGGAUCAAUUAGACACAACAAAACAACUUCCCGUGCAACGGGCAUAACAAUCCAAACGCCUCCUCCGCAGGAACCUGGUGAUAAUGAUGCAGUGUCCGAGGAAUGUGUACCAACGGACAGGUCAACAUCACAGAAAUUGCCCUCUUUGAUAGUCACAUACCGCGACCUCAAACACUACUCCAGCACUACACCAUUUGGAACAUCUCCGAAUACAAAAUCGUCUUACGGAGAAUUUUCAGGCAUGAACUCCUAUCCUUCGAAACCCUCUGACGUAUCCGUGUCCUGGACAUCUCCUCCUGGUUCUUGUUGCCAAGUGAGGUCCGUGGACGUCGCUUCUAGUCAACCGGACGCAAUAGGUGGACCAAGUGUAAUGUUAGGAAAAACAGGUAAAGAGCACGCAACCAAUAUGUCAGCAGGUGAAGCAGAAAUAGAAGGUAUGCACGGUGGCCAAUAUCAACUAGGGCGCACUGAACAGAAACGAAAUGAACAACUUCAACUAACCAUAACCAUACGGGACAGCAGAAGAAUUAGUCAACCAUCGUUCCUUCCACCAAGCAACGUUGCGAACACUCACCCGAUCAUUUUAGGUACGUCUCUAGCAAGUGAACAAACUUUGCAACCCUCAGAAAUCGAACUGCCGCAUAGUGAGUCUGAACCUAGCAGUCCGAACUUAACAACAGAAAUGUCCGGCACAAAUAUUCAUUUAAUAGAUAAAUUCUUAAUACCUUCCUGCCUACCAGAUGAUGUGUUUUCACCAGAAAAUCGCGGCAGAACUGUCGCAGCAGAUAGCUGCACAACACCACCUGAGCUCAUGUCGUCUGGUUUCGUCUCAUUAGAUAUUAACCGGGUAUCGACAGAGGAGUUAUUGUUCUCCACUCUUAGUACUUCUGACAAUGCUGGAUUUGAACGGUGUGCUGCAAGAGAUGACUGUGCAUUCGAGGAAUGGCGCAACACACCGAGUCGGAGAGCUCGGCGAUCCACAACAGAACUCUCUCCGAGCCCCCAAUGCCAAAGCAAUGCAACGACUACAGUUAAACACGCACUGAGUCCAGCUACUAAAUAUUCUGAAUUAUUUUCUAAUGAAAUCGCCAUCCACCAGCGACGGAUUAAUGAAGCAAAAAGGGCCGGCUCCCUCGAAGCACUACUGCAGAGCAGGGCUGCUAUGACAUUGAGGCCAAUAGCGAUUGGAGCUCUCCCUUCCUUUAUUGUACGUGAGAGCAGCGCCAGGGACGCAUAUAAUACGGAAACAGGGGAAGGAAGUUCGAUGGAAGAAAUGAGGAUAUCUUCGGUGUCGUCGUCCCGUGAUUCAGACGACUCUUUAAAAUGGGCCGCAAUGUCGGUCGUGUCUUCCCGUUCUGAAUCUGACGUGAAUCCCGAUAUCGAGUUCGGAAAGCCUUAUACCUCAAUGUCUUCAGACGCGCGGCGUUCGGUAGAGCGCCAUGGAAGAAACAUUGGUGUCAGGCUGCACCAAUCAUCCAAGAUGAUUGAAGAAACCAAAACUUCCACGAGUAAUGAAGAACAAGAAAUUCCGGUGAAAGGUAGCAUCUGUGCUGUCCAUACCCAAACGCGGACAACUCAUUCCGGUCACCGCACGACGCAACAACAAGGAUGGUCUUCAGGACACAUUUCACAAAGAGCCCUUCGUGCACCAUUCAUGAAACUCUUAGCACUCGGUAACCGGCAUUACUACCGAGAGCGCCGAAAUCUCUCGCCGGUGCAAUCUCCAAGUAUACUUGACGAAACUCUGUACAUCCUACACAAAAUGCGACGUUCGGAUUCCACGCCCAAAUUCUACGCACCAUACUCCUAUUUCGCAGUGCAUGAUGUGGAAGACACCGUUCAGCCAUUGAGUUUGCAAAACCUGAUUCUGCGACAGCACCCAGUUUUAAGAGCUAUUAUGGAUUUACAUCGGGGGCAAUGCGUCCUUGAAGACACUGAAACACGUUUUAGUCCCUUAGGUCAGGCAGAUUGCCUCGAAUUGCUGGCACCAGACAGACUGAGUGUGAAAGGAACAGAACCUGCUCAACACGCAACGGGUCGCAAGUCGCUGGAUGUAGGAAAGCCUUUAACGCCUGAAAAAGUGAACCUGCGUCGAAUGGUGUGUUCUCACACAGGACCAUGUUCUUGCACUGAGCCCUCAGCGACGCAGCAAUCCGACCCCGCUGGAAUCAGUGAUGGUGGAACUGUAGCCGCCGUACCCAUUCCAAGCCCUGAUGAUCGAGUGUUAAGAGAGCUACAUCGCGAAACCCCACGAAGCGGUUUGCCCAACGCGGCUGGAAGACGUGUUUCAGUUUUAGAAGAGCCGUGUUUCGAAUCCUUGUACAAUGCCGUCUUACUAUCGCAAAGCAGGGCAGCCAGAUCUGAAACGCAGAAAAGAUCGAUCCCCGAUUCACCAGAACAAAAGAGAGUCCGGAGAGUAUCGUUCCCCACUGAGCUGAUUUCCACGCCCGUUGCCUCUACCUCGCAGGAAGCCAGGGUCUCGUACAGCGACUCUGGUGUCUCCAAGACUAUGCCCUACAACCUCCAUCGGCAACAGGAACCACGCUCAACAUUUCACGAACAACUGCUGUCUUCUGGACUGCGCUCACCUGAAGACCAUCACUGUGACUCAAUCACUCUGACACAGAGCCCUAUGGAGCAGGUACGGACAUUAAGUAAUAGCGCUAAGACCGCCUCGUGCCCUCCGCAGUCAAUGGAGCAUAAGCGAAGUUUGCCUAUCUGUCGCACUGUGAGCAGACGAUCAGUGUCAUUCAAAGACACACUAUCCGAUUCCGCCCUUCGUCGUGGUCGUACUAGUGAGACUACGAUCCAACGUCCUCACAGUGACAGGCCUACUGACGGCGCAGAUGCUCAACCUUAAAUGGAGUCUCCCAUCAUAGUGGUCAUGCGUGAAGUGGGUUGAAGGGGGGUGGGUGAGGUGUCUUGUACGAUGCUUACGGAUUCGUUCGAUAUGUAACGGGAGGAACACUUAGAUAGUAUGACACAUGUAAUAAAGGAAAUUUGCUUUCAUAGAUUA